AGGUCCCCUUUACUCAUACGUGUUGUUGUGGGGCGCCCUUUUAAAAUGAUGGACAGUCUUGAGGCUCCCUCUAAAAUGAUGGACAGCCUUGAGGCACCCUCUAAAAUGAUGGACAGUCUUGAGGCACCCUCUAAAAUGAUGGACAGUCUUGAGGCACCCUCUAAAAUGAUGGACAGCCUUGAGGCACCUUCUAAAAUGAUGGACAGUCUUGAGGCACCCUCUAAAAUGAUGGACAGCCUUGAGGCACCCUCUAAAAUGAUGGACAGCCUUGAGGCACCCUCUAAAAUGAUGGACAGCCUUGAGGCACCCUCUAAAAUGAUGGACAUUCUUGAGGCACCCUCUAAAAUGAUGGACAUUCUUGAGGCACCCUCUAAAAUGAUGGACAUUCUUGAGGCA